GUACUACGUGUGAGAGUCCAGUCUUACCACUGUCCUAUAUCAUCUCUCAGAGCAGGUGUAUCACUCCUCCUACAUACAGGCUAGGUGAGAGCCANGGUAUCACCUCUCCUACAUACAGGCUAGGUGAGAGCCAGGGUAUCACCUCUCCUACAUACAGGCUAGGUGAGAGCCAGGGUAUCACCUCUCCUACAUACAGGCUAGGUGAGAGCAAGAGUAUCAUGUGCACCUCUCCUACAUACAGGCUAGGUGAGAGCCAAGGUAUCACCUCUCCUACAUACAAGCUAGGUGAGAGCAAUGGUAUCACCUCUCCUACAUACAGGCUCGGUGAGAGCCAGGGUAACACCUCUCCUACAUACAGGCUAGGUGAGAGCCAGGGUAUCACCUCUCCUACAUGCAGGCUAGGUGAGAGCCAGGGUAACACCUCUCCUACAUACAGGCUAGGUGAGAGCCAUGGUAUCACCUCUCCUACAAACAGACUAGGUGAGAGCCAGAGUAACACCUCUCCUACAUACAGGCUAGGUGAGAGCAAUGGUAUCACCUCUCCUACAUACAGGCUAGGGGAGAGCAAUGGUAUCACCUCUCCUACAUACAGGCUAGGGGAGAGCAAUGGUAUCACCUCUCCUACAUACAGGCUAGGGGAGAGCCAGGGUAUCACCUCUCCUACAUACAGGCUCCGUGAGAGCCAGGGGAUCACCUCUCCUACAUACAGGCUAGGUGAGAGCCAUGGUAUCACCUCUCCUACAUACAGGCUAGGUGAUAGCCAGGGUAACACCUCUCCUACAUACAGGCUAGGUGAGAGCCAAGGUAUCACCUCUCCUACAUACAGGCUAGGUGAGAGCCAUGGUAUCACCUCUCCUACAAACAGACUAGGUGAGAGCCAGAGUAACACCUCUCCUACAUACAGGCUAGGUGAGAGCAAGGGUUUCACCUCUUCUACAUACAGGCUAGGUGAGAGCCAGGGUAUCACCUCUCCUGCAUACAGGCUAGGUGAGAGCAAGGGUAUCACUUGCACCUCUCCUACAUACAGGCUUGGUGAUGGCCAGGGUAUCACCUCUCCUACAUACAGACUAGGUGAGAGCCAGGGUAUCACCUCUCCUACAUGCAGGCUAGGUGAGAGCCAGGGCAACACCUCUCCUACAUACAGGCUAGGUGAGAGCCAUGGUAUCACCUCUCCUACAUACAGGCUAGGUGAGAGCCAUGGUAUCACCUCUCCUACAAACAGGCUAGGUAAGAGCCAGAGUAUCACCUCUCUUACAUACAGGCUAGGGGAGAGCCAGGGUAUCACCUCUCCUACAUACAGGCUAGGUGAGAGCAAGGGUUUCACCUCUUCUACAUACAGGCUAGGUGAGAGCCAGGGUAUCACCCCUCCUACAUACAGGCUAGGUGAGAGCCAGGGUAUCGCCUCUCCUACAUACAGGCUAGGUGAGAGCAAGGGUUUCACCUCUUCUACAUACAGGCUAGGUGAGAGCCAGGGUAUCACCCCUCCUACAUACAGGCUAGGUGAGAGCCAGGGUAACACCUCUCCUACAUACAGGCUAGGUGAGAGCAAGGGUAUCACCUCUCCUACAAACAGGCUAGGUGAGAGCCAUGGUAUCACCUCUCCUACAAACAGGCUAGGUGAGAGCCAGAGUAACACCUCUCCUACAUACAGGCUAGGUGAGAGCCAGGGUAUCACCUCUCCUACAUACAGGCUAGGUGAGAGCUAUGGUAUCACCUCUCUUGCAUAA